GGGGGGUUAGAGAUGUGACCUAAACUGCACUGGAGGCUGCAAGCUCACAAGUGGGGUGCACUCAUGGGCUGCAAAACCAGCAAAAUGUGCUGCCCCCGACUCAGGAAGAAGAAGCGACAAAAAGCACAUCAAGAAGGACUGACAUCUAAAGAGCUGAAUGACUUGAAUGCCAAGAGUCAAGAACCCAAUGAGCUGCUACAGAAGAUCAAGAAGUAUGAGCAAGAGACUAGAGACAUCCUUCAGAAACACCAAGCGGAGAAGGCUGCUCUGGCAGAUACCCACAAAGCAGAUGUGGAAGCCCGGACACUGGAGUUACAAGCACAGGCCCAAAAAGAUAGGGAUGCUGACAUAGCAAAGCUCCUUUUGGAACAGGCGGCCACCAUUAAAGUGGAGAUGGAGGAGAAAUUAGCAGAGUUACAGAAGUCCAAUGAGCAGGAGAAGGCAUCUCUCACAGAAACUCACCAGCAAUUAAUAGAUUCACUGCAGGAGAGAGUGGAUGAGUUAAAGACCCAGCUGGCUUCUUUCCAAGAGAAAAUGAAAAGGGUGGAAGAAUCUGUCUUGAGCCAAGACUACCGGAGGCACAUUCAAGAUCAUGGAAGCCCGGGACAGUUUUGGGAACAAGAGAUCCAAAGCUUACACUUCGUUAUUGAAAUGAAAAGUGAGUUAAUACGGGAGCAGGACAAGCGGCUUCGAAGUCACAAAUCCACAAUGGAAAGAAAUCUGGUGCUCGAGGAGCGAAGCCGAACUUUGCAGCAGGAAAAUGAAGCCUUGAAAGUGCAAACACAGAAGCAAGGGGCUGUCACUGUGCGUUUAUCUGAGGAGCUGCUAAGCACCCAGGCUACCCUAGAGAAGCAGAUUCAUCUCCGUGAGAAGCUAGAAAGGGAAAAGGAACAGAAUCUGUACCGGGCAGUGAAUGGUGACAUCCCUCAGCAGUUCUCUCUUCAAAGCAAUGCACAGGAGCUGCCUGUGAUGGUGCUUUAAUGGUAACAAAGGGCACAAUAUCAUUGUGUAUAUACCACAAACUGAAUUUUGUGCAACUGACAGACAAGAGACAAAGAGAGACUCUCAUAUAUAUAACUAUGAAGAAUUUUAUUUCUUCUGUAUUUAUUAUUUCAGUGAUGCCAGUAUUCCCAUGUUGUAUUCUAGGCCUCCAUUCCGGACUUCACCCCCAGUACCGCAAGCACCUCCACUUUGGGCAACCCUUGUUUUAAGUAAAUAUAGUUAGAAACAAUGGACUGAUUCACACCCACCUUUAAAUGUUUUUAUUGCAUACCUCCAUAUUUACAUACAUUAAGAGGGAGCACUGGGUCCUGUUUCCGUCUUUAAUUACCUUGAAUGCCUCCAAUCAACAAUUGACUGUAAUGAGCAGUGUCUGUGAACAAACUCCAUAUUGGACUGAGUCUCCUAGGGCUCAAGGUAGGCUGAUGGCAAGGGCCCACUUUCACAACAGGUAGAUGUUAUAGAUGUUGCAUUGUCCUGUGGUGGAUAUAAGAAACUGUAGCAGGCAAGUCUGACUUGGAACAUACUGCUGGAGGCUACAGGCAUUUUUAGGGUGACAUCAGUGAUAAACUGACAUCAAAAGGUCUGUCCAUUUGAUCAAACAGCCUAGGGCCCAGUUUAUUGGGCAUUUUUUAUAAAAAA